UUCAGUCGGUCGGUGUGUGAGAAAUACAGCUGUUGCAGAAAACCAGACGAGAGAUGGAUGGACAAACCAGGACAAAUGACGGGGAAAACGACUGAUUUCACUCCAGCAGAUGAAGUCUGAGAGCCGCACACGAUGCGAGGAUUCAGCGCCAGCGUAGAUUUGUCUCCAGCAGCGCUGCAGUGCUCCUGUGGAUCUGUAGAGCAGCCUCAGAAGAAGAAAACCCCGCCUCCUCCCAGGCCAUGCCCCGCCCAGCACACACCGAGGCCAUGCCCCACUCCCUCAGCCACGCCCAGAGCACAGAAACCCCACGUGCCCCCUAAGCCUGUGCACCUGCUCGGUCCUGUCCCUCCAGUGCCCCGCCGACCCCUGCCCAGUCCCCCUCUGAGAGCCAGAGUCCCGUCUGCAGGACCCAUCCACAGCUCCAGACCAUCAUUGCUCCUUCAUCUUGUAAGGUUUCCCAUUCUGGGCCUCCAGCGGAGGAGCGACCUCCAUUGGGGAGCCAACAUGGAUUCUCCAGCCUCUCGAGACACCAGCGAUCAUCCUCAGCUCAGCGAGACACCAGCGGCAGCAGCGCUGGAGAAAGAUGAUGCACUUUCAUUUAAAGCAUGUGAAAUCUCUGAGCUUUUGAGAUUGUCCAGCUUAAACUCCUACCAGACGGACUCUGCCAGUGACGCGGAGAUUACAGAGGAACUUCAGAAAGAGCAUCAGAAACAGUGCAGCAGUGGUUUGGAGAGUAAUCGCAGUGACUCAGACGGAGAGCGUCACGAGGGGAGCAGUAAACACGCAGAUGGCGAGGAGGCAAGGUCGCAGGGUCACGAGGGGACGGAGGCCAGUGGAAAGAUCCCCAACCGGGACAGCGGCAUCGACAGUCCGUCCUGCGGAGCGGAGGCAGAGGGCUUCCCCAGCGAGGACAGGAGUGCCAGCCUGGCCACAGAGACCACCGCCGCAGACAAGCGGGACUCCACGCAGGACGAGGACAGCGACCUGGACGAGGGGAGCGGCGAGGAUCCCGAGAGCCUGGAGAUCAAGGUGAGAGCGCAGACCUGUGUUUGGAAGAGGUUUCCCAUUCUGGGCCUCCAGCGGAGGAGCGACCUCCAUUGGGGAGCCAACAUGGAUUCUCCAGCCUCUCGAGACACCAGCGAUCAUCCUCAGCUCAGCGAGACACCAGCGGCAGCAGCGCUGGAGAAAGAUGAUGCACUUUCAUUUAAAGCAUGUGAAAUCUCUGAGCUUUUGAGAUUGUCCAGCUUAAACUCCUACCAGACGGACUCUGCCAGUGACGCGGAGAUUACAGAGGAACUUCAGAAAGAGCAUCAGAAACAGUGCAGCAGUGGUUUGGAGAGUAAUCGCAGUGACUCAGACGGAGAGCGUCACGAGGGGAGCAGUAAACACGCAGAUGGCGAGGAGGCAAGGUCGCAGGGUCACGAGGGGACGGAGGCCAGUGGAAAGAUCCCCAACCGGGACAGCGGCAUCGACAGUCCGUCCUGCGGAGCGGAGGCAGAGGGCUUCCCCAGCGAGGACAGGAGUGCCAGCCUGGCCACAGAGACCACCGCCGCAGACAAGCGGGACUCCACGCAGGACGAGGACAGCGACCUGGACGAGGGGAGCGGCGAGGAUCCCGAGAGCCUGGAGAUCAAGGUGAGAGCGCAGACCUGUGUUUGGAAGAGGUUUCCCAUUCUGGGCCUCCAGCGGAGGAGCGGCCUCCAUUGGGGAGCCAACAUGGAUUCUCCAGCCUCUCGAGACACCAGCGAUCAUCCUCAGCUCAGCGAGACACCAGCGGCAGCAGCGCUGGAGAAAGAUGAUGCACUUUCAUUUAAAGCAUGUGAAAUCUCUGAGCUUUUGAGAUUGUCCAGCUUAAACUCCUACCAGACGGACUCUGCCAGUGACGCGGAGAUUACAGAGGAACUUCAGAAAGAGCAUCAGAAACAGUGCAGCAGUGGUUUGGAGAGUAAUCGCAGUGACUCAGACGGCGAGGGGAGCGAGGGGAGCAGUAAACACGCAGAUGGCGAGGAGGCAAGGUCGCAGGGUCACGAGGGGACGGGAAAGAUCCGAAAGAUCCCCAACCGGGACAGCGGCAUCGACAGUCCGUCCUGCGGAGCGGAGGCAGAGGGCUUCCCCAGCGAGGACAGGAGUGCCAGCCUGGCCACAGAGACCACCGCCGCAGACAAGCGGGACUCCACGCAGGACGAGGACAGCGACCUGGACGAGGGGAGCGGCGAGGAUCCCGAGAGCCUGGAGAUCAAGUCGCAGAAGCUGUUGAACAUCGCUAAAGAGUUGCUCCAGACAGAAGAAGCAUAUGUGAAAAGACUCAACCUGCUGGACCAGGUGUUUUGUGCUCGUCUGACGGAGGCUGGCAUCCCUGCUGAGGUCAUCACAGGAAUCUUCUCCAACAUCUCCAGCAUCUACCUCUUCCACCACCAGUUCCUGCUGCCUGAACUACAGACACGCAUCACACAGGAGUGGAGCUGUAAUCCGCGCAUAGGGGACAUCCUGCAGAAGCUGGCCCCAUUCCUGAAGAUGUACGGCGAGUAUGUGAAGAACUUCGAUCGUGCCAUGGAGCUGGUGAGCACAUGGACGCAGCGCUCCGCUCAGUUCAAGAGCGUGGUCCAGAACAUCCAGAAGCAGGAGGUGUGUGGGAACCUGACGCUGCAGCAUCACAUGCUGGAGCCGGUGCAGCGGAUCCCGCGCUAUGAGCUCUUACUGAAGGACUAUCUGAAGAAGCUGCCCGCCGGAGCUGCAGACCGCAGAGACGCCCAGAAUGCUCUGGAGCUGAUCUCCACCGCAGCAAACCACUCCAAUGCUGCCAUCAGAAAAAUGGAGAAGAUGCACAAGCUGUUGGAGGUGUAUGAGAAGUUGGGCGGAGAGGAGGACAUCGUUAAUCCAGCUAAUGAGUUCAUUAAAGAAGGCCACUUCAAGAAGAUGUCGGCUAAGAACGGCAGCGCACAGGACCGAUACCUCUAUCUGUUCAAUAACAUGGUGCUGUAUUGUGUGCCCAAGCUGAGGCUGAUGGGACAGAAGUUUAGCGUUCGAGAGCGAAUUGACAUCGCAGGGAUGGAGGUUCAGGAAAAUGCCAAGCAGAACGUCCCUCACACUUUCACCAUCAGCGGCAAACAGCGCUCGCUCGAGCUGCAGGCCAGGACAGCUGAGGAGAAGGACGACUGGAUAAAAGUGAUCCUGGCCACGAUUGAGAAGCACAAGCAGAACAGCGAGACGUUCAAAGCUUUUAAUGUCUCCUGCAGCCGUGAUGAGGAGCACACGCCUGACACGCCGAGCCUGUUGAGCAGCGCGAGCACAUGUGAGACAGACGGAGCUCAGCAUGAGAGGAAGAGCUCAAAGAAGCGAGAGAAGGAGAGAGAAACAUGCAAAGGCUGCAGUGAGACCUUCCACUUCACCAAACGCAAACACCACUGCAAGAGCUGCGGCGCGGCCGUCUGUGGGAAGUGUUCGAAGGUGUCGGAGAGCAGGAACAUCCGCGUGUGUAAGCCGUGUUUUGAAGGCCUGCAGGGAGCUGAAGGGACAGCAGGGGGCGGCACUGAGCCCAAGAGAAAACUCGAGAAGCAGCUAUCAGUUGCUCAGUCUUCUCAACGAAUAGGAAAAGUUGAGGAGCUGGACCAGGAGCUGGGCAACCAUCACUGAAGCACAACCUCUGCUGCUUUACCAGCAAACCAGCACACAGGUCUCUCUGGCUGUGACAUGAGAAGAAGAAAGAGUCAAACGUGUUCAGACUGAUUCAGUAUUGUGAAUCAGCGACCGGCUGAACGGAGCUCCUGUCACAUGCUGUAAAGGGAGGAGCAUGAGCCAAUAAGAUGCUUACCCCCACCUCUGGUCCCUCCCCUUUAUAAAAAAACUCCUGUUACUUGAAAUCACUAUAUCCUCAGCACUUUUUCAUUCUUUCUUUUGAAGAACCUUCGUUCACACGCUCGUUGCUCUUUCAGCUGCAGCUCCGUGUGAGAGCGACUGUUUGUCAAUGCACUGUUCCCGUCCGCUGCUCGUGUUGCGCUGGAUGAAGAUGUCUAUAUAAUGCUACGAUGAAUGAUUUGUUGCCUUUCAGAUGUUAUUAGUUAAAGCAUUAAGUCACUGUUCUUGUGAUUCACUGUCAGUUCAAACCUUCAUGCACCCCUUUGUUUAUUCUUUCUGAUUUGAAAAGAUGAAAUCCUUAAAAUACAAGUAAACCGAAGAGACACACUGAACUGAAGCAGAGCAAAAA